AUGGCCCCCGCACUCGACGUCUACGACGCCUCGUCCCAAGAGAACCGCGCCGUCGGGGCUCUCGGCAAGACGACGUCCGGCAAGAAGCUGAGGAUCCGCGCAUACCCGCAAUUCACGUCGCUCGAGGAGGAGCGCUUGUACCGGAAACAGCAUCUGGCGGCGGCGUUCCGGGUAUUUGCUGAUAGAGGCUUUGACGAGGGCGUUGCGGGACAUAUCAGUGUGCGGGAUCCGAUUUUGAGAGAUCAUUUCUGGCUCAACCCGCUCUCAACGCACUUCUCCCAAAUCAGCGUGUCCGACCUGAUCCUCGUCAACGAAGAAGGCGAAGUCGUGGUCGGUGACGAACCCAUCAACGCGGCCGCCUUCGCCAUCCACUCGGAGAUCCACAAAGCCCGCCCGGACGUAGACGCGGCGUGCCACGCGCACAGCGUGUACGGGAAGGCCUUUUCCGUCUUCGGCCGCCCGCUCGACAUGAUGACCCAGGACGCCCUGCGCUUCUACAAGUCGCACGCCGUCUACGACAACUUUGGCGGUGUCGUGCUGGACCGCGACGAAGGCAAACGCAUCGCAAAGGCCCUGGGGUCCGGCAAGGCCGUCAUCUUGCAGAACCAUGGCCUGCUGACGUGUGCGAAGACGGUCGACGCCGCCGCAUUUUGGUUCAUCAGCCUCGACAAGACCUGUCAUGCGCAGUUGCUUGUGGACGCGGCGAGCGCGGGGUCUGGAUACAAAAAGAUCCUGAUCUCGGAUGACGAGGCCGAGUUCACGUAUGCCCAGGUCGGCACGGACGAGAAGGGCUGGUUGGCGUUUCAGGGAUAUUAUGAUGAACAACUGGCUAAGACGAAUGGAAGUUUCUUGAAAUGA